AAUCAGAACACCGCCCGCCUGCUAUAAGCCAUGAAACAAAACGAGCGCCAUUUCUCAUACUCUCGUAAUGUUUCCAAAGGGCACGUGAAAGACAAGAGAGUGGUUUUGAACCGCUUUUGCGAAGACGCUGUAAACUGGACUCUUAGCUUUUGUUUUUUAUAAUUCGCCAUGUUUUAUAGGAGCAAAACAAUAAAAAGGCUUCUGAGCAUCGUUCCAGGGAAACGCCAGCUGGGGCCGUACAGGUUUCUACCCAUCUUCUUUUGCAUCGGAGGAGUCAUGGAGUGGGUCAUGAUCAACGUGAGGAUAGGAAAAGAGACUUUCUAUGACGUCUACAGGAGGAAAAAAUCAGAGCGGGAGUACCAGCAGAAAAUAGCAGAUGGUCAGAUAGUUCUCCAUCAGCCUGCAGACAAGUGAAUGAUGUUCACAGGAGGACUCUUUGUUGGACUCUGAUUCUGUCGCUGGUUAUCACAACUAUUAAUGUUACAGACAACCUACAAGAUGACGGAUACACUUGCAGCAUGCAGGUUUUAAUGUUUAGCUGCAGUAACUGUGUUCAGUAACAUCACAGCUCGAGUCAGAGGCGGCUUCAGAUCACAGAAAAAUUAUGUGUUAAAACUAGACCAAGCCUUUAUUGAUCUGUGCUGGAAACAGAAACGGCAUGGCUGCAAAUUAAAGAAGAUAAAAACA